AAUUGUUAGAAAUAGGGACUGCAGAUUUUUAAUGUAUUUUCGAAGUACCAACSUGGGCUUCCUGCAUAGGUUUGGGCUUCCUGUUCUUUUAAAGUCCAAUAUGGCGGACGGAUCGAUCUCUCCACUACAGUUAUUUGAAAAUAAAAAGAUCGUCCGAAUAUGCGCACCGAUGGUCCGAUACUCCAAACUACCUUUCAGAGAAUUGGUGAGAAGAUAUGGCUGUGACCUGUGCUAUACUCCUAUGAUAAUAUCUGAUUCAUUCGUGAAAUCACAGAAAGCAAGAGACAAUGAAUUUACUACAAACUCAGGUGAUCGUCCAUUAAUUGUUCAAUUUGCUGCAAGUUGUGCUAAAGAUUUUGCUGAUGCUUCAGAGCUUGUUUCACAGUUUGCAGAUGGCGUUGGUUUAAAUUGUGGAUGCCCUCAAAGAUGGGCCAUGCAAGAUGGGUAUGGUGCUUGUCUUCUCAAAAAGCCAGAGUUAAUAAGGGAAAUGGUUUCACAAACUAAGGCAAGAGUUGGCGAAUUUCCUGUGUCAAUAAAGAUAAGAAUUGAUAAAGAUUCUAGAAAUACAGUUGAGUUAUGCCGUCAGGCAGAGCAUGCAGGAGUUGCGUGGAUCAGUGUCCAUGCAAGAACAGUUAAACAAAGGGCUGAGCCACCAAACUGGGAUGUAGUGAGGCUUAUCAAAGAAAAUGUCUCUGUUCCUGUUAUUGCUAAUGGUGAUAUAAAAAAUGAAGAUGAUAUYCWAAAAGUUCAUGAAAAGACUGGAAUUAAUGGUGUCAUGGCAGCUCAAGGAAUUCUCAAUAACCCAGCCAUGUUUGCAGGUUAUGAUCAAACACCUUUACAAUGUGUAUCAGAUUGGCUGGACAUUGCAACUGCUCUUGGGACACCAUUUUCCACAUUUCAUCACCACUUGAUUUACAUGUUGGAAAGAGUUACUUCAAAAGCAGAGAAAAGAGUUUUCAACUCAUUAAAGAGUACAACUGCUGUCUUGGAUUAUCUUCAAGACCAUUAUGGCAUUACGUGACAUUCAUUGAGCUGAUGUAACUAUAAUAAUUAUUUAUUACAUAAAAUUUUCCAGCUGGCAUAUGGAAAAAGACAAAAGUUUAUUUAUAUGUUGUACAGGUACAAUGUACAUACAGUGAAAGAUACAAUAAAGGCUUUGACAUUCUUUUGA